AUGCGCAAGCCAGCACAGAUGGUGGAAAUCCGAAUACACACACUUCGCGGCGACCAUUGGCAAAUCCUGUCUGAACAGGCGGCAGAAGAAGUGUUCUCAGUUGAGCAGCUGAAGCGACAUGCAAGCCUCAUGGGCCAAGGAUGCUUCUUGACAGAUAUUGUGUAUAAGGAGGCCAUCCUGGAUGAUGAAACAGACUUAGCCAGCCUUCCGCAGCCAGUAGAGGUGACCCUGGUGCAGCAUAGCAGCCACUGGUCUCCAGGGCUCCUGGCCGCUGCACCCAGCAAGACUCUUCCAGAGGUUGAAGCUGCCUUGAGGCGCUUUGCUGAUCCCAACUCUCAGGACGACCGUGGAUGGACUGCUUUGUGCUUUGCUGCUUCUAGAGGAGAUCAUGGUAUGGUGAAGCUCCUUCACAAAGCUCGCGCUGACCUGGACAUGGGGCCCGAUGACAACAUGGCAUUGCGGCUUGCCGCCGCCGCAGGCAAUCCGCAGGUGGCCGCCUACCUGGUGACCAACAGGUGUGAUGUGAACGAGCCGGAUAGCCACGGGAUCACGCCGCUUCAGGCCGCCGCCGAGCAUGGCCAUGUCGAGAUGGUGGCUUGGCUUUGCGAUGCCGAUGCCGACCUGGAGCCAUCUGAGAUUUUCUGA